UGUGACGACACUGACCAUCGACGGGAUAGCAGGUAACCCGGGGUGACCAAAAUCCAAGGAAGAAGAAGCGAUGGAGAGCCCAAAAACCUGUGGUGUUGUGAGUUUAUCAGCUCUGUUGGUGCUGGUCUCAUUGUGUGUCCCGGUCAGCGCGUCUCCUGACCGGACCAAGACGGUGGAGUUCAACGUGAAACCGGGAGGAGUGGUGCACACGUUCAGCCAGGAGAUGAAGGAGUAUGAAUGCUCGUUCACGUACGCCUCACAAGGAGGAACCAAUGAGCAAUGGCUGAUGAGUGUGGGUCUGAGUGAUGACGACAGACUGUUUUCGUGCUCUGUGUGGAGGCCUCAGGGAAAAUCCUACCUGUUUUUCACUCAGUUCAAAGCAGAACUGAAGGGAACCAAAAUUGAAUAUGCCAAUGCAUAUUCAGCGACGGCGGCGGCAGGGCAGAGUGACGUGCCUUUGAAGCCGGAGGAAUUUACCGUAGGAGACUCAACAGUGACGCACACAAGUGGAAAGUUCAACGCUCAACUCUCGAAACUGACCGCGAUCGGACGGACACGACAUGACGAGCUGUAAUCAGUCGGGAGUCUGGCUUGGUUUUUGGUCAUGUUUUUGACCAAUUGGAGUACUUGAAGAAGCUCUGAGUUGGGUCUCUGUGUCACAGCUCAAUGAAGGAUAGAUUUGAGUUCCUCCUGAGUGACAACCAAAAAUUGAAGUUGGAUGGUGAUGAUACUGUCUUAGGAACACUUUGUACUAAUUACCUGGUUUGUUCUUACCACAGUGGAUUUUCAUCUUCAUAAAUACUCCCACUGUAAAUUCUGCCAUAAGAGAAAGUGCUCCGAUACCAUAGCUGUUUCUGAGGUUAUAAGAUUUAGAUAGACUAAAUCUGUUUUGAUCCACUGGGGAUAGAGUGAAUGUAUAUAGAGGAUUGGUGACUGGGGGCUUGUAGAGUAAAGAUAACCUGUUUAGAGUAGAGAGGGAUUUAUCCAUCAUGUGUAAUCCCCAAUAUCAUCAUACACACGCAAACAAUUACAUUUUCCUCAAUCUCUCACCCUGUUCUGAGCCGCUGUUGAGAAGAAAACCACUUUCUGUCUCUCUCUUCAUCUUUCUAUUUAUCUUCAUCUGUUUAUGAUAACUGUAAGCAGUGCCCUAAAUCACCAAUCAGUACUACUUGUGAUAUGUUUUUGUUAUGUUUGUGUUUUUGGCCAGAAGGGAUACUUAGUAAUAAAGCAGUUAGCAGCUUCAUAACAUCAUAUUAACAGAAAGGUAUACAAAUGACUGUAUUUUUGCAUUUUUUUGAUAAAUCUUAAAUAAUGUUAGUGUGCAUGCAUAGUGAAAAACCCUAAGGUCUGAAAAUAUGACUAAAUAAUGAGAAUAAAUGUUUUAAAUUAAAUGAAAAUGACCUAAAUUGUGAUAAUUAGACACAAGUAGCAGGCGGUGCAGGAAUCCCUAAUUUUGAAUAUUCUCCUCUCUAAUUCUAAAGUAUUUCAAUGACUGCACACUAACAUUGUUUGAGCUUAAACCCAAAAAUGCUAAAAUCAAGAGUGUACACACAUUCGACUGGUAGAGAUGCCAUCACAUAUUCCUGAGCCCCUCUUGCACCCUUUACUUUCAUCUUUCAGUGCCACGUGUGGAUCAGCGAGGAUCUUGUGCAGGUUUCUGAUGUACAUCAUUAUAACGCGUCUCCCCGCUGUCUCUGCUCUCUUAUGUAGCGGGUAGGAUUGCCUUUAUCUUCCUGACAUUGAUCCAACCCUCUUAGAUCCGCACAAGUGUCCACGGGACGAGUUCUGGGGGAUUGAUUUCAGAUUUGAGGAUUUUGCUGAUUUGCUUCUGCGGUCGGAUUAACUCGUGAGACUCGUACCUUGUUUGGUCUGGGUUUGGUUUCUCUCAUCUGUCUAGAGGUGAUCGUCAUGGCUCGAGGAAAUGGCUCAGCAGGGACGUCUGUGUCCCUUUUGUCACCGACGAAACUCCCUCUGGGGCCACAAUAGGAAAUGGCCACAUUCAGAUGCUGAUCCAGAAUAGAAAAAAACACACACACAAGAUGUUACUUAUUUUGUUUUUCUACUUUCUUAAUUGUUCUGAUUCAUGAUGACACGCGAUGGAUGUUUCAAUAAAGACACAUUGUCAGUGCUCUGGAGAUAA